AUGGCACCUUACGAGGCACUGUACGGUCGUAAGUGUUGCACUCCUUUAUGUUGGACUGAGUUGGGCGAGCGACGUGUUCUAGGUCCUGAGUUGGUCUCUGAGACAGAGGAUAAGGUUAGAUUGAUUCGGGAUCGUUUGAAAGCGGCUUCUGACAGGAAAAAAUCUUAUGCGGAUUUGAAGUGGCGUGAGAUCGAGUAUUCUGUGGGGGACUUCGUUUUUCUGAAGGUCUCACCAUGGAAGAAGUUGGAGCUACCUCCGGUGUUGGAUCGUAUCCAUGAUGUGUUUCAUGUCUCUAUGUUGAGGCGUUACUGCUCUGAUCCUACUCAUAUUGUCCCUGUUGAGGAGAUUGAUGUUAGGCCAGACUUGACCUUUGAGGAGGAGCCUGUCCAAAUGCUGGAUUGUGACGUAAAGGUUCUGAGGAGGAAGUCUAUUCCUUUGGUGAAGGUUCCAUGGCGUAAUCAUAGUAGUGAGGAUGCCACGUGGGAGCCUGAGGAUACGAUGCGUCAGUAG